AUGGGCGAACCUAUCAUAGCGAUCGUGGAGAUCACCAGUAUUGCCCUCAUGGCCAAUGUUGACAUUAAGCGCGAAUCAAGGGGCGCAAACGAUGAACAGCAGAACGAGACUUUGGAUAUUAUACACCAUGCCUUCACGCUCGCCCAAGACGGGAAGCUAUACUUGGCUCCCAUAUCCAAGGACAUUGAGAAAGCAGUCGACAUUGGGACCGGGACGGGCAUCUGGGCUAUCCAGAUUGACGACUUCACGCAGGAAUGGACAUUCCCAGAUAACUCACUCGAUUACGUGCACCUACGAUGGCUUAUCGGUUGUGUGACAGACUGGACGCUUCUGUUUCAGCAAGCGUACCGCUCUCUCAAACCUGGUGGCUGGAUAGAGACAUUUGAGUGCAACGGCUUCUUUGAGUCCGACGAUGGCACAGUCACUGAGAAGACAGCCGCUGCCCAAUGGGGGAUCCUAUUCCGCGAGGGUGCUAAGAAACUGGGUUCAACUGCUUCAUUCACUGUUGUGCGCGAUGGGGCGCAGAAGAAAUCUCUUGAGGAGGCGGGCUUCAUUCACAUCCAGGAGCAGCCAUUCAAGAUCCCAGCUUCGGGAUGGGCCAAGGAUCCUAAGUUGAAGGAAAUUGGCACAUAUAACAGAGCCGCUAUCGAGAACGACAUAGAGGGCACUGUUGGCUUCUCAGCCACUCAGCUGGGCUGGACGAGGGACGAUAUCGUCAUGUACGCUGUUCAAUUGCGCAAGGAGCUUCGUCAGGGCAAGGUACACGCCUACUACAAGUCCAAUGCAGCUUGGGCACAAAAACCUCAAUGA